ACAUGUAGGCAUUAAUGUUACGCGAAGCAUACAGAUACACAACGUAAUGAAUUGCCCUCAGAGUAGCUUCUUGUAAAAUCUCAAAAGCUUACUGAUCCCUGAAAAUUAAUGUGUUAGUUAUUCAAAACGUCAACAUAUGUGAUUUAAUAAUCCCUGAAUCUUCCUUGAUGUCUGACGUGAUCACGUGACCAAAGAGGCGUUUCUAAAUAUGUAAACUCAGUCAGUCAUUCCUUGCUUGUUGGCGUGUUUACCUGUGCUUCCGGAUUUUGUACGUGGAAUAAAUUUUUCGAAGAAAAAAUAUUAGUAAAUAAUCGAAUUUAAAAGAAAACUUUUUUAAGAAUUAACAGUUCCCGCAAAUUUUUGUGACUUGCUGAGAAAACAGGUGAAUUCGAAGUAUAUUCAAUUUUCUUGCAAGAAUUAAAUUGUGAUGUAGUCGAACAAAUGGAUUUUCAUCUACAAUUCCUGAAAUUCCGAAUUAAUUGGUAUUUUCGAUUAAUUUCGUAGGCGCCGAUGUAAAACGAAGGUAUGCGGCGAGGUCAAUGUUGAAGUUGCAGUGUUAUUCAGAAUGUUGAAAAGAGCAACAGUACCAGAUCUGGCUCUUAGGAAUGAUGAAUGGUCAUGAAAAUGAUGUAUUUAACAGUGAUGAUGAUCAAGCUAUUAUAGCCAAAUAUGAUGCAGGUAGAUCUGAAACCAAUGAAAUUCUUUCAUGGGAAGAUCCAGCUCUAGAAGUUUACCAUGUUACUGAUCGAUAUGGAUUUAUACAUGAUCACAGGCUUCCAGAAAAGCUUUCAGCUCAUGAAACAAAGAUUCGUGAGCGAGAAAAUGAAAGAGUUGGAAAAUGGCUGAAAAUGAUUAAAAACUGGGAUAAAUAUGCUGGUAGUGAAAAGCUGCAACACCGUGUGUAUAAAGGUAUACCGAAUGCUGUUAGAGGUGAAGUUUGGUGUCGUUUAUUAGGCAUUCCUCAAAUUAAAUUGGAACAAGAAGGAAAAUAUGAGGAAAUGGUCCAACAAUCUCGAUUAUAUUCUACUGAUAUAAGGCAGAUUGAUUUAGAUGUAAAUAGAACAUUUAGAAACAAUAUAAUGUUUCGUGAAAGAUAUGGACCAAAGCAACAGUCUCUUUUCCAAGUGUUAGCUGCAUAUUCCAUUUAUAAUGCUGAAGUAGGUUAUUGCCAAGGAAUGAGCCAGAUUGCUGCAUUAUUAUUAAUGUUUAUGGGCGAUGAGGAAGCUUUUUGGGCGUUGUCUGUUUUAAUGACAGAUAGGAAACAUGCUAUGCAUGGUUUCUUCAUACCAGGUUUCCCAAAAUUAAAUAGAUUUCAAGAGCAUCAUGAUAAGUUAUUAUCUAAGUUCCUGCCAAAACUUAGGAAGCAUUUAGAGAAAUUUAAUAUCCACAGCAGUCUUUACACAUUGAAAUGGUUUUUUCAAUGUUUUCUUGAUAGGGUACCUUUUACUCUUACAUUACGUUUAUGGGAUGCUUAUAUUUUGGAUGGAGAGAUAAUUUUAACUGCCAUGUCAUUCACUCUGUUAAAAUUGCACAAAAAAACUCUAUUGAAAAUGGAUAUGGAUGAAUUGAUUGAAUAUCUGCAAAUAAAGCUUGAACAAGACUUUGGUUAUUAUGAUGAUGUAGCCAUUGAAGCCCUUCAAGCAACGAUUGCUGAUCUUCAGAAAUAUAAAUUGCAUCUUCCAGGAAAUGCUCCCCCAAAUGAACUUCCACAAAAACCCUUUGGGCUCAUCAUUCGACCUGAAAGUGCUUCUACGAGAAGAACUCUUUCCAAUGGAGACCAGUCCAAUAUAAGCGAUGAAAGUAAUGCUACUAUCAGUAAAUUUCCUUGCGACAGUCCUAUCAGUAGUAGAGAUCAAGACAUAAGUUCUAUAGAUGGCAAAAUUCCAUCCAGGCAUCUUCCAAGUCAGACAAGUGUUUCAGAAACUUCCACAAAUGACCACUCGACGGCCUCAGAAACAUCUAGUCCAUCUAUCGUUUCAUCUGGCUUCCCCUUGCACCGAGCAGUGUCAAUCUACGAUAACGUCGAUUUGGAAGAAAGUGUCCAAGCAGCCUACAAACAAUCACCUCCGCCAGCCAGAAUGAACUCACCCGAUGCCAUCCGAAUAUACGUUCCUUAUGAAAGUCCACAGUCAAUCACAAACACAUCAAAUGGUAUGUCUCCUUCCAUUACGACUCAUACCAAAAACGGCAAAAUAAGCAUUUCAUCAAACUAAUUUGCCUUUGCCAAGACUGAAUAUUUUGAAGACUGACACAAGCACAAGAACUGUUGUAUACUUGUAAUUAACAGAGACUAUAAGACUGAGUGUAGGAAUUGUAGAAGAAAAAGCAUUCCUGACUAUCAACAAAGUUAUUAAAUAUUUUUAUAUAUUUCUUGUAUAUAUAUGUAUAACAUUUAUAUUUUAAAUAACAAAAGCACUGGUGGUAUGUGCAAUACAAUAUAAUGAAAAAAAGAAUUUUUCACUUGCUUUUUUUUUUAAAAAGAAAAAUAGAAAUGUGUGCGAUUAAUUUGUGCCAAAUUUUUCUUUUCUGGCUAAUUUAUGUAGUUUAGAGGAAUUAAAUAUGUUCAUAAUAACCAGGUAUUCGGUCUUUUCCUACCGAAUUUUAUAAUGUUGUGACUAUCACUAUUCAAAUACCUGUUGCUAACAGUGUAGAUUUAAUUUAAUAUUUCCAACUCAAGAUGACUGGAAUUUUUGUCUAGUUUUAUAUCCAGCAGCUGUAAAGAUAUGUUCCAAUUAAUAAAACUAAUUCAAUAAAAA